UUGGGAAGCGAAUUUCGAAUUCGUCGUUCACCGCCGGAAGCGAUCAACGCCCUCUAACGAGUCAAUGAACGGCAGUCGGUCGGAGAGCGACCUCGUCGUCAACGAAGCCGACGAGAAGCAAGCCGACGACAAACAGCCCGCCGCCGCUGCCGCCGACGACAAUGAUAACGAUGACAAGCGACGACCGAGAAGAAAGACAUGGCACUUGUUCAACCGACACAAACGCUCUCAGUCGGACCUCUGCCGACCAGCCGACAAACCCUCCUGGAGCGACGACAAGAAGGAAACGCCGACGGGAGCGACGACGAAGAAGGGGAAGAUGCCGGCUCUCUUUAGACAGUUCAGCGCCAGCCUGCCCGGCAGCAGCUCGGAUUUGGUCGGCAUGAAUAAGUGCCGCACGAGGAAGAGAAGCGAGACGGGAUUCUCUAACGCACCCUGCGUACGCUCGUUGGUAUUAGAUGGUCACAAGAAGUCGCUGCCACGUCACGCAAGCACGCAGACGAGCAUAGAUGACAUGCCAGAAACCGAGACGAAACAUCUACUAGAGAAAAUCCAAG